CUCUGAUUUCACAACGCUCCUUCUCCGGAGCUGCAAAACCUCCCUGCGCAAACAAACACGAAAGCUCACUUGCAGUACAACAGCGAGCGCAGCUGCCGGCAGUUUUUCAGCCGAUGGAAUCUGGGAGUUGUAGUUUUCACUGCAAGAGCCCCUUCAUCGCCCUGCUACAGGAACUGCAUUUCCCAGUACCCUUGUUGUUGCGGCUUUCCGCUGAGAUCGAUCGUGCGCUUCGGUGUGUAAAUAGAGAAGUGUUCCUCAGUGGUAGAUCUCCAUGCCAAGAGUCUGAACUGUUAUGAUGUGCCCAGAGUCUUUGGAAUAUACAGAAAUACUCUUCUCAAAGGGAUUCUGAAACAGUCCUGCUUUGAGCAUCAGACCCAUCAUCUGUGGUCAUAACCUAGAUGAAUGCAGGUGUGGCCAACACCUUGAAGGCUAUCAAAGGAUGCAGAGUCCUCCUUGGCCUACAACAUCUCCAUUCCUACUCAACUGCUAAGCCUGUCCAAACUCUUGCGUUUGUUCCAGCCAGUCCUCCCCCAGAACCCCUGGAAGUUAAGAAGCUGCAAGACUUCAUUUUUUCCUCCCAGAGGUUGUUUGUGAUCACUGGAGCUGGAAUUUCUACUGAGUCCGGAAUCCCAGACUAUCGCUCUGAAGGUGUGGGCCUUUAUGCCCGGACAGACAGGCGGCCCGUCCAGCAUGCUGAGUUUCUCCGAAGCUCCCGUGCCCGCCAGCGGUACUGGGCCAGAAAUUUUGUGGGCUGGCCACAGUUUUCUUCCUAUCAGCCAAAUGCAGCACACCUGGCUCUGAGGAAGUGGGAGGUGCUAGGGAAGCUGCACUGGUUGGUGACCCAGAAUGUAGAUGCCCUUCACGUGAAGGCUGGAAGUCAGCGGCUGACGGAACUACAUGGCAGCACACACAGGGUGUUAUGCCUCAGCUGUGGAGAGCAGAUGCCCCGUGCUGAGCUGCAGGAACUCUUUGAAGACUUGAACCCCACAUGGAAAGCUGAAGCACAUGGAGUAGCCCCUGAUGGGGAUGUCUUCUUGACAGAAGAGCAAGUGCAGAAUUUCCAUGUCCCCUGUUGCAAAAAGUGUGGUGGCCACCUCAAGCCAGCUGUGACAUUCUUUGGUGAUACAGUUAGCAGGGACAAAGUUGACUUUGUGUAUCAGCGACUGGCAGAAGCAGACUCUGUCCUUGUGGCAGGAUCUUCAUUGCAGGUGUACUCAGCUUACAAAUUUGCCCUUGCGGCCGUUGACAGGAAGAUACCAAUUGCCAUAGUUAACAUUGGCCCAACAAGGUCUGAUCCCCUUGCGGUUUUGAAGCUGAAUUCUCGUUGUGGAGAGCUGCUGCCUUUGAUUGUCAUACAGUGAUCUAAAUCUACAUCCAGAGAAA